AUUCUUAAGGAGGCUGUUUCAGGGCAGUGUCGUUCUUUUGAUUUAAUUCAAAUUUAUUUUUCGUAACCGUUUACGAAGAACGCAUAUUUAUCUUAUAUUUAAAUAUGUUUUAAAGCUGUCACUCCAGUCACCCGCCUCGCCUCCUUAACCAUUUCUAUUGAAACUUCUGAAAAUUGUUAACAACAAAAAGAAAAGAAAAAAAGACAACUACGUCUGUGCAACUUUUGAAUCAACUGCAAGGGGUCUGUGUUACUGCGACGCUACAUUGGUACUUACUGCGCUGGCUUUAAAAAUGACAAUAUACGAUCAUGGAUUUGCGUUUGAUUCUGCAACACCGCUACUUUUUUACGGGACUGCCAGUUUGCAUAUUUAAAAAAUAAAAUCACCACGGUUUUUUUUCCCCCCCAAAACUACAGAACUGGGCUAAGAUACUUCUUGAGCGUUCUUAAACGGGACGUGCACGGGGGCUGCCCCAUUUGAGUUGCCUGUGUGGAAAUGCAACAAUUCAUAUAUUCACGGGACGCUGUGUGCUUGUGUGCUCACAGUCCAUUGUGCGAUUUUACGGGCCGCUGAAUGCUUGGGUUAAUAGAGUAAAAGAAGUAGAUUGGAAAGACUGGACUCGCUGUGUGUGUGUGUGUGUGUGUGUGUGUGUGUGUGUGUGUUGUUUUGUUUUUGGUUUUCUUGGUUACAUUUUGGACAAGUGCUUUACUCAGCGCAAUUAAACAAACAGAGCCCGACGAUGUGUUUUUAUCAUUCUCCUUGGCGAAAUCAAGUGGAUUUAUAAACAUUACUCCAUCUUCUGCAGUGAUGGGCAUGGACAGUUUUAACCGACAGUAGAAGGGCGUUUGGUGAAUUAAAAUAAAAAAAAGGCACUAAGAAAAUCACUGUUCUUUAUAUAAAGCAUGUUUUAGAAUAGGACAAGGACAGUUUCUGAGAAAGGACCUGUGGACACUCUGGUUGUGUGCUCCAGAUCAGAACUAGAAGGGGAAACUGGAAACCUGAACACACCUGCUGGCUUGGUCAGAUUGCAAUGUCUCUGAUUCCAGUAUUUUUUCCACACCUCCAGUAUCUCCUUGCGUGGACUUUUCUCACAGCUUCAGAAGAAAGGGGGUCGCACUACGCUAAUGAAAACAGAAAUGUGUUUCGUUUUAUAGCGCUGAGAUAAUGCAUGCAUGAUAAGGAACUGCUCAAGCCUGGAUUAGAAUUCUCUCUCUCUUUUUUUUUUUUUUUUUAAAUGUUCAGCUCCCAAUCAAAGUAGUAUUGACUUUCUCAGCAGCAAGACUCUGGAGUAAGAGUGUAGACCCCUUGUGCAGUGUCCUCCACAGCGGUCCAGCUGCCUGUCCGUCGGGAUGUCCCAGGGCGAGCUGAUCGAGCUGCAGGAGAUGUCCCUGGAGGAUAGUAUAGAGCUCACCCCGCAGACCCCCCGGCUGGAGAGGGUCAACGCGCUACGGAUCAGCCCGGGGAAGCUGCCCGAGCUGCUGAGUCGAGUGAGGGUCAUCCGGCUGCUGGGGGAGAGCCUGGACCCUCGUCUGACUGACGAGGCCGGGGAAGGGCAUGACUUCCAGCCCUGCACCCAUGCCCAGCCCACCUGGUGUGACCUCUGUGGGGACUUCAUCUGGGGGCUGUACAAGCAGAGCCUGCGCUGCACACACUGCGGGUUCACGUGUCACUACAGGUGUCGGGCACUCAUCCAGUUGGACUGCAGCGUUCAAAGGAACCGCUUCACCGACCAAUCAGAUCCUGCAGAGCACACUGUGGAGACUGACACCAAUGUGGACGAGCAAAAGGACCGGGAGAAGCAGGAGCUGUCUCCGAGCGAGAUUGAGCAGAAAGUGAGGGAGUACAAUGCACAGAUCAACAGCAACCUCUUCAUGACCAUGAACAAGGACGGUUCCUACACAGGGUUUAUCAAGGUGCAGCUGAAGCUGGUGCGCCCGGUCUCCGUGCCUCCCCCGCCCCGCAAGGCGUCCUCUGCCCUGGAGGUGCGGAAAGGCACGGCUGUGAAGCGGCGCACCUCCUUCUACCUGCCCAAGGACACGGCCAAGCACCUGCACAUCAGCUCCAAGACGAAGGCACACGAGGUCAUCGAGGCGCUGCUCAACAAGUUCACCGUGGUGGACAACCCCCGCAAGUUCGCCCUGUUUGAGCGCAGCGAGCGCGAAGGCCAAGUGUACCUGAGGAAGCUGCCUGAUGAGGAGCGGCCCCUCCACCUGCGUCUGUGUGCUGGCCCCAGCGAGAAGGUGCUCAGCCUGGUGCUCAAGGAGAACGAGACUGGAGACGUGAAUUGGGAUGCCUUCAGUAUGCCGGAGCUGCACAACUUCCUGCGCAUUUUGAAGCGCGAGGAGGAGGAGCACGUGAAACAGCUGGUGGAGCGCUACACCCGCACACGCAAGAAGAUGCAGGAGGCCCUGACUACCCACACCCCCGGCUGAGAUGCGACGCGCUGCAGUGCUGCCAAGAGGCCACCAGGGGGCCUCAGUUGCCUUUUCUCCAAAGAUCACAGCUGACCGAGAGAGCGGAUGGACACUGCCUGAGUGUGGGUGGUGAAGAGAGCGAAUGGAACGAACCGUGAUGUGCCUUCGACCCGGAAUGAGAGAGAGAAUGAGUUGCGCUUGUGAAAGAGAGAGAUUGUGAGAGACUGGCUGUGUCCAGCAAUGAUUGAUUGCCUUAAUAGACUGUUGUAUGAUUCCAGUGUAUUCUGAAAUAAUGUGCGGGGGACAUGGAAAUGGAGUACUCCUUUAAUUUCUUUGAGGGUCACUCCACCCCAUCACCACCAUCAGCACUGUGGAACCUUGUUGAAGUGUAAGAGACUGCCAAACUAGCCACCCGGGUAUCAAAGCCCACAGUGUUUAUAUUGAAUGGCUGGACUGUCUGUACAGUACACAGUGUAGGUCACAAGGCUUCUGUGUUGAGAAGCACUUUGACUGAAUCUUGUGCUCUGCCCACUUUCGCUUUGCUUUUUAUUGGAGUAGUAAUUCUCAAGUCUUGGUGGGUGGGAUGGGAGAUUUUACAUUAUUUACGUUUUUUUUAAACCCUUUUAUAUUGUAGGCUUUUAUAUAUAAAACGUGAAAUUUCAUAUUUGUAAUGUGUGUGCGUUUUUUUUUUUUAAACAGUCCCAAAUAACACAUGUCACAUUUCUUCAGUCCAGUACUUUUUGGAUGUGUAUUUGUUUAAUGCCUUUGCGUUACAUUUUCUAAUUGUAAUUUGAUACCAAUUGAAGAGUUUAGGGCAGUGUACUGGUAACACAUGUUUUGCAGCAUGCUAUAUCCCACACAGCAACGACCGCCCUGUAUUCUGUUUUAACGAGCCUGAGUGGCUCAGUUUUUUUUUCUGUUUUGUUCUUUUGAGGAUAAGUUCAGGUAGAAUCCAAUGUGAACCCUCUGUAAUCUGAGGUUCAGUUCAAAACAUGGAUGUGAAGUUCACUGAUGACUUUCCUGCUUUUUGAGUUUCAAGUUUGAUUUUUCUCAUCCCCUUCGAUUUAAAAAAAAAAAAAAAAAAAAAAAAACCCUUUGGUUCUUUUUCAUAUUCAAGCCUGUGACUGUAAGUCAUGAGACAACUUUGUGCCUGAAAAGAGAAAUAAAAACUGAAGAGAAAGGCUGGCUGCAA